UGUGCGUCUCGGUACAGAAGAACAAUCACUGGAUAAUAAAAUUAAUUGUUCUCAACUUGGGCGGUCAGUCGUGACAAAAAGAAACAAGUCAAUUAACGAAUUUUCUGUUAACGAAUCUAUGGUGAAAGAAUAUUUAUGAACCAAAAAAAUCGGUGAAUUCAAAGAUUUUUACAAAUGAUCGUGCUAGUUAUGGUAUCAAAAUGUCACAACUGACGCUCUAUAAGGAACAGUAGAAAAUUCGUCUGAAGAUCCUUUAUGAAAAUGGCUGUAACGGCAAGCUAUUUUGUUCCACCUAUAAACAUGGAUAGAGUCUGUCGAAUAUGCUUACUCGAAGGGACAAAUUUAUCACCGAUUUUUUGCACCGAACAAGAGGUCGAUGAAUAUUCUGGCUUACCACAAAAGAUUCAAGUAUGCGGCUCUAUUGAAAUACAUGAGAACGAUGGAUUUCCGUCAUUGAUAUGUGACGUCUGUAUAUACAAAGCCAGCAUUGCUCAUGAAUUUCGACAGCAGUGUCAGCAAUCUGACGCCAGGUUAAGGCUUCUUUACGACCCAAACAAAUCCAACGGAUCAAAUAUAACUGAAUCUUGUACGCAAACCGAGCCCCAGACGCGUAUAAUAUUGACGAGGAAGAUGCCAAAUCCAUCGACGACGUAUUAUGUGAAGCAAGAGUUGCAGGCAUCAAAUUCGCAGGAUUAUGCAAGCGCGAUCGAGGCAUACACGGACUCUCAAGUACAAACAGUGAGUCGAACUGAACAUCCGAUAGACUGUCAAGACGACAAACUUUUUCUUUGCAACAUCGGUUUCGAUGGGGCUAAAGAAAUGGUGGAAAAAGAAACGAGCAUCAUGAACGUGGAGCCCCCACAUCAAGUGGAAUGUCCGAUUGUUCAGACGGAAAUGACGACGACACUUAUGACCGUAAACGCGAAUGGUCACUUAGAGACACAACAAUUAAUUGUUAAGGAUGACAGUCAGAAGUGCGAGGAAACGCCGAUCGAGGAGGAAUAUCUGAAUGAACAAAUAUUGAACGAAAAUGUAAUAGACGAUAAUAUCGAGGCUGACAGUGAGAAUUUCGAGGAACGACAACAAGAAGAGCUCCUGCAACAGCAGCAGCAAGGGCAGCAAGAAGAAGAAACGAUGGAAAAACGUUCAUCAUCGCGAAGAGUAAAAUCAGCAUCAUACAGCGAAGAUGAAAUGGGUCAAGACAAUUAUUUCACAACGAUAGAAAACGACACGGAAGAAUCUGACACGAAGCCCAAAUACAAGUGCAACAUUUGCCUGAAACGCUACGCGACCCAAAAGGGCCUCAAAAAUCACGUGCAAGUACACGAGAAAAAUCACAAAUGUCCUGUGUGUUGCAAACUAUUUUAUAAGCUGAAAAACAUGGAAAAUCAUCAAAAGCUACACGAGACUAAACCUCACGCUUGUCAAACAUGUCACGCGAGUUUCUCAAAAUUACCGAGUUUAACACGACACUUGAAAUCGCACGAAGAUAAAUGCGAGGAGGAAAGUUCCUUGGCGUGUGAAGCGAACGACGUUGCGAAGGAAGAAAUGGAAAUGUUGAAAACCGACACACAAAGCGACAUCGAAACUGACGACGAAACGACGAUCGCAGCUGGCACAGAAAUCGACGAAUUUGAGAAUGCUCCAGGAAUAUACAAGUGCGAAGUGUGCAAUCAAUUUUGUUCGUCGUUGAAGAAUCUGAAGAGACACAGUCUUGUACACGGUGAGAAAAAAUAUUCUUGCACGGUAUGUAAAAAAUGGUUUUUCAGACCGGACACAUUGAAGAAACACGCGGAAAAACACGGACACGGUUUGCUCGAUAAUCUCGUCGACGACAACAAAUUGUUCGACUCGGACGACGAUAAUUUCUCGAAUUCAUCGAUCGGCGGCCACGGGGGCAGAAACGAUACUGCAAAAUCCUCCCGAGACGAGAGCGAGGACGACGGUGUUGGUGAAUACAAAUGUCAACAUUGCGACAAAGUAAUGGCAACGAAAAAAGGCUUGAGGAGACACGUGUCAAUGCACAAGCCUAAAGCCGAGCCAGCGACUUGUGAAGUUUGUAAAAAAGUAUGUGCCAGUCAAGCUCGUCUUAGUUUGCACCUCAAAACCCACAACAAACCAAAGGAAAAGGUUCAACGUGAAUAUCUCUGUCACAUAUGUAGCAAAGUUUAUCCGAGCAAUUCUUCGUUGACUUAUCACAUGAGAACUCAUACGGGCGUUAAACCGCACGUAUGCAAAAUUUGUAACAGUGGCUUUACGACCACGACCAGUUUGGCUAAUCACAUAAGAAUUCACACAGGCGACAAACCGUUCGUUUGUCACGUUUGCAGCGCUGCUUUCGCCGUUAGCUCGGCCUUCAGACGACACUUGACGAGACACACCGGUGAAGCUAAUUAUUUGUGUAAAACGUGCGGCAAAGCGUUCAAACGAUUGAGCACACUCAAAGAGCACACUUAUACGCAUUCCGGAGAAAAGCCCUACGUUUGCAAAACAUGCGGUGCUGCUUACAGCCACAGCGGUAGUCUCUUUGCUCAUCAAAAACGUUGUAGAGUACAAUACAGUGAAAUGAUCGAGGAUCACAAUGUUGCCCACCAUAUUCACGUCAAUAAUGUACAAACCGCCGUGCGUUCACUCGCUGUCAUCGGGCAAAUGUACUAAGUUUUUAGAUACUUUUUACAUUUCGUUUUUUUGAACAAGCUCCUCGUGAAUCGUGUUCUACCUUUGUAUAUAGAUAAGCAAAAACAAGCUUCGAUUUAUUCGAUCAUUUUUCUUGCGAUUUUUUAUCCAAAAAAUUUGUACACAUCACGAUCCUUGACGGCUGCCCCGUUUUUUUUUUUUCGUAGCGGAGUCAGAAUUCGCUGGCUUUUAACAGGGAAUUGCUCAUGAAAUUGGCGCAACAAAACAGUAAUGCUAUUUCAUCACUUAUCCACGUUUAUCCAUUUUACCUUCAAGGCUCAAAGAUGCUUCAUUAUCAAAUUACUGACCAUCGUCUCUGCAGCGAACUCUCCUUCAGAAGUGACUUUUUUUCAAAUAGACUUUAUCGUUCUAAUCUGCUUCGAAGUUUAGAAGAGACUGAUUAUCGUUCAUAUACCUUAAUGGUUAGUAACAAUUUUCAAGUUAAUUUUAGUCAGUUUUUAAGGUCUGAACCUUGGACGAAGGAACACACUUUUUCUUCGUUGUUCUUUUUUUUUAACGAUUCCUUUAGAACGAAGGAAAACAAUACAAUUUACUAAUUUUUUGUCCUGAUAAUCGUCAAGAUACCAUGUAAAUCGGUUAUAAUGAUCACGGUUUUUGGAAAUCCUUUGAAAAAGACUUUUAAACUUGACCACAAGGAAUUCUUAAUUUUCGUGUAACCGAUUCAUGCUGUACACAUUUCUUUUGUAACAUCAUAGUAGUGACGAAAAUCCGUGUGUGUAGCUGGAUAGUGGAACAAUUUAUAAUGUUAUUGAGGACUUCGGUAUCCGUUUUUUACGUCGCUUUUUGUGUUCCAAUUAUUAUAGAUUAUAAUUGUUAUUUCCAGACCGAAAGUCAUCGUUCACUUUUCCAUGAAUGAGAUUUUUAUUUUAAUCAAAAUAAAUAUUUGCUCGAACAUUCGAAAAAAUCAAUAAUCAUGCGAAUUAUCUGGGAUACCGUGACUUUUGUAUCAAUGAAAAUAUUAUAUUUUACAUUUUUCAAAUUAAACAUUUUUUUGCAAUUGAGUUCAUCUUUUUCAAUAAAAAAUACUAAUCUCUGUGAUAGAAUUUUUCAUUGAAACGAAUAAAAUAGGAUACACGAAUCACAGGUGGACAAUUAGGCACCAUUGAAGAAUCUCUGAGUGAUCGUAAAGAACGAAAAAUGUAAAUAAAUAUGAAAAGAAAAAAUAAAAUAAAUGAAAUCAAAUGUUACAGCGGUGAAAUAUAAAAGCAAGCACUUUGAGACUUCACCUCAAAACGAAAGAAAUAAAAGAUGAUCUUGAAAGUGGCUGGCUCAUAGAGUUCUUUAAAUCGCGAUUAACGCGACGUCGUUGGCAAUGUAUAGUUAUUAAAUUUAGGCACUUUGAUACCACAAGUAGUACAUAAUGUAUGAUUUUUAAAAAAAUAAAUACGCUUUAAUAAUA